AUGUACUGGAAGCAUGAGAACGCCGCCCCGGCGCUGCCCGAGGGCUGCCGGCUGCCGGCCGAGGGCGGCCCCGCCACCGACCAGGUGAUGGCCCAACCAGGGUCCGGCUGCAAAGCGACCACCCGCUGUCUCGAAGGGACCGCGCCGCCCGCCAUGGCUCAGUCUGAUGCCGAGGCCCUGACGGGCGCUCUGGACAAAGACGAGGGUCGGGUCUCCCCGUGUACGCCGAGCACACCAUCUGUCUGCUCGCCGCCCUCUGCCGCCUCCUCCGUGCCGUCUGCCGGCAAGAACAUCUGCUCCAGCUGCGGCCUCGAGAUCCUGGACCGGUAUCUGCUCAAGGUCAACAACCUCAUCUGGCACGUGCGGUGCCUCGAGUGCUCCGUGUGUCGCACGUCGCUGAGGCAGCAGAACAGCUGCUACAUCAAGAACAAGGAAAUCUUCUGCAAGAUGGACUACUUCAGCCGAUUCGGGACCAAGUGCGCCCGGUGCGGCCGACAGAUCUACGCCAGCGACUGGGUGCGUCGGGCGCGCGGCAACGCCUAUCACCUAGCCUGCUUCGCCUGCUUCUCCUGCAAGCGCCAGCUGUCCACGGGCGAAGAGUUCGGCCUGGUGGAGGAGAAGGUGCUGUGCCGCAUCCACUACGACACCAUGAUCGAGAACCUCAAGAGGGCCGCCGAGAACGGGAACGGCCUCACGCUGGAAGGGGCAGUGCCCUCGGAACAGGACAGUCAGCCUAAGCCGGCCAAGCGCGCGCGGACGUCAUUCACCGCCGAACAGUUGCAGGUUAUGCAGGCGCAGUUCGCGCAGGACAACAACCCGGACGCACAGACGCUGCAGAAGCUGGCGGACAUGACGGGCCUCAGCCGGAGGGUCAUCCAGGUGUGGUUUCAAAACUGCCGGGCGCGUCAUAAAAAGCACACACCGCAGCACCCAGUGCCGCCCUCGGGGGCGCCCCCGUCCCGCCUCCCCUCCGCCCUGUCCGACGACAUCCACUACUCCCCAUUCAGCAGCCCCGAGCGGGCGCGCAUGGUCACCCUGCACGGCUACAUUGAGAGUCAGGUUCAGUGCGGGCAGGUGCACUGCCGGCUGCCUUACACCGCGCCCCCCGUCCACCUCAAAGCCGAUAUGGAUGGGCCACUCUCCAACCGGGGUGAGAAGGUCAUCCUUUUUCAGUACUAA